AUGUCCAACCGCGCAGUGACCUACGGUGGUGUCCUCCUGGCCGCCGGUGUUGGCUACUACUUCUACCAGGCUGGCGGUGACCCCAAGGUCGCCCAGAAGAAGGCCGAAGCCGACGCAACCAAGAUCUCCAACGACAUCCAGAAGCAACUCCCCGGCUCCGGCAAGGAAGCCCAGAAAGACGCCGAGGUCGCCGGUCAGCAGAUCAGCAGCAAGGUAAACGAACUCGCCCGCGACGCCAAGAGCGAAGCCAACAAAGUCGACGCAAAGUUGGACCAGUACCGCAAAGACGCCGGCCAGCAGCUCGACUCUGCCGCCAAGAGCGCGCAGAAGAACACCAACGCUGCCAUCGACUCGUUUGAUAAGAAUGUGACCGAGGGCGCGGAGAAGGCGAAGAAGGGCGUCUCCAGCUGGUUCGGUGGCUCCAAGUGA